AUGAAAAUAAGUUCUAGCUCUUUAGCUGAUAAAUCAAAAAUGUCAUUUUUUAAUGAUGGAAAUAAAUUAUUUACUAGAGUAAGAAACAAUAAUCUUCAGUUUCUAGACCAAGGAAUUUUUUAAAUGAUAUAUUAAAAAAAGGAAACUAUGGUAACAAUUUAAAUUGCAGAGACUAUCCUUAAAAUUAGUGAUGAAGCAUAAGUAUAAUUUAAAUCUUUAAUAGGAUAAAUAUAUUGAUAUUGAAAAUUGUUGUUUAAGAGGUGUAAUGAACUAAAAAAACAAAUAAUUUGGUUUCAGGCUAAGCAAAAAUGGAAAGCAUGCAGAUUUUUUUGGGAUUCAACUAGAUUUUUUGAAUAAACUUAAGAUAUAUAUGAUUCAAUCUGAUUUUUAAUCAAAGUAUAAAAUAUUGACGAAGUUAGGAAAUGGGAACCUAUCUUCUGUAAAAUUUUUAAUAAAAUUAGGUUUAUAAAGUUCAACAUUGUAUUAGUGGAUAAGAAUACGCUGUUAAAAUUUAUGAUAAAUAAAGUCUAACUAAAAGUGUGAAUUAUGAGAAGGAGAUAUUUAUGAAUGAAAUUAAUAUAUUGAGGUAAAUUAAUGAUAAGGAUAAAGGCUUGUUAAAAUUAUAUGAAAUUUUCGAAGGAGAAUUAAGCAUAUAUUUAAUUAUAGAAUUGUUGGAAGGUGGGCCAAUCUAAAAAUUAAUACCCGAUUAGAAUUUUACUGAUUAGGAGAAAAUAAAUAUGAUGUAAUCACUUUUCAAUUCUUUAAACUAUUUACAUAAGUUAAAUAUUUAUCAUACUAAUAUAAAAUAUGAUAAUAUUUUACUUAAAGAUCCAACAGAUGUAAAAUCGGUUAGUUUAAUUAAUUUUGGAAAGGCUAUUUAAAUUCCUUAAAGAAGAAGUGGUUAAAAUUAUAUGAGUUCUUAAGAAUAAGAAGGAGUUGUAAAGUUUUAUAAGAAAAAAGAUAUAUAUUCCUUAAGUAUAAUAAAUUUAAGCAUAUUUACAAAAAAGUUAUAUCAAGAAAAUUAAAUAGUAAAUGAAUUAUUAAUGAAAAACUUUGAAAAUCUCAGCAACAUAGAGUAUAUGGAAUUGUCUGCUCCAUUAUAGCGAUUUUUUGAAAUGAUUUUUUCUGAAAAAUAUCAAAAAGAAGUUGAUACUUUAAGUUGUGAAAAUAUAUUGGAACUUGAAGUUUUUAGAGUUCCUUAUAAGCCUAGAAAAUCAAAAUUAUUGAUAGGUUAAUAAGUAGCAUUUAAUUUAACGAGAAGAACAAGCAAUUAUGAACCAAGAUAAUCAUAAAGAGAGAAAUUAGAAUAGAGUUUAAAUAUGCUAAAACUUCCUCCAAUCAAUGGAGAUUCUCCAACAUCAUCUACAGAUAAAACACAUUCAGCUAGUCCAUAAUCAGAUCGUCUGAUCUCUAAUUAAUUAAGUAAUAUUUUAAAAGCAAGUCAUUUUAAUUAAAGAAAAAAUGCUUUAAAAUUAAAUAUUAUUAUAUGA